GGGCGCCGGGGCCGCGCCGUAGGCGGCGGGCAGAGCCGGGAGGGGCGGAGCGGAGCGGUUGGAGCGGGGCUCGCGGUGGGAUCCUCGCGCUGCCAGCUCGGCGCGGCUCUGCGGAGGGCUCGGCGUUCCCCAGCCCGUUUUCUGGAGCGUCGUCGAGUGCCGGCAGGAGAAAAUGAAAGUGGCGGAGUCGAGAGGAGAGCGCACGGCGUGAGCUGAGGGAGCGCCGGCCCGAAGUGGGCUGCGCGGAGGGGAAGCGCCGUUUGGAUCCAGAGGGUGUCACUGGAUUUACAUCGAAGCGAUCCAUUUCGUUAUCCCGGAAACUUCAGCGUGUGCUGGCUUUCUACAUGAUACACGCGCUCUCCGCGAAAGCUGCGGUUUCUGGAGUAUAAGAAGUGCGUGCGUUCUGUGCUUCAGCGAGUUCCCCUCCCUGCAGCCCUGGGCGGGCGGCGGGGAGCGGCCUCGGCCGCACUUCCUCUGUGGCUCCAGCGCUGCGCUCCGUGCUGGGCCCCUUGCUGCAGGAGAGGCGCUGAGCCUCUGCAGCGUGUCCAGAGAAGGUCUAGAGCGGUCACAGGCGUUGGUCGGCAGUUGGAAUACUGAUCUUAGUGGUGUUUCCAGCCUAGUAGUUCCAAGGUUCUACAUAAACAGUUCCUGCAGAACUUGGAUUUCUGCUUCACCUGCUUCUCUUCUGCAUCUCUUCACAGUGUUCGUGCCUCUUUCAGUCAUGUGUUCAUACACUAGUUUUUAAGUGCGGGCCUGAAACUUCUCAUGUCCAGCAGAGCCGCUCCUCAGCCUGCACUCAGAACCGCGGCCACAAAGAGUCAUGUUCUUGGCUGCUGCACUAGGUCUUCUUUCUGGGAGCCCUUGAGAUGUCAGACAUGGCAGAAUUCAGCAACGUUCAGUCGGUGUCUGAAAUGCCAGAAGGAGAUGAUGCUAAACAUGGCUUCCAUCACAGAAUGUUCUUGGAACCUCAAGAGAAGAAGAGCAGCCUGAAGGCUCUGAUGGUUAAACAAGUGAAGAAAACUUGCAGCUGCACUCCAGCCAAAGUUAAAGACCGUGUUUUGAGCUUCUUUCCCAUCUUGCAAUGGCUUCCUAAAUACAAACUAAAAGAGUGCUUACUGGGAGACAUAAUGUCUGGUGUGAUUGUGGGGGUCUUACUAGUCCCACAGUCAAUUGCCUAUUCUCUCUUGGCUGGACAGGAACCUAUUUAUGGCCUUUAUACAUCCUUCUUUGCAGGCAUUAUUUAUUCCAUAUUUGGAACCUCUCGCCACAUCUCUGUUGGUAUCUUUGGUGCACUUUGCCUGAUGGUGGGACAAGUGGUGGAUCGUGAGGUGCUGAGAGCUGGCUAUGACUUGGAGCCAGCUGCUCUUAGUGACCACAUGGAUACAGCAAUGCACGUGAACACCACCAUUGCGCCUGUGAACCAGACAUCACAGAAGCUGCUCUGUGAUAAAACCUGCUAUGCCAUAAAAGUUGGAGCCACCAUGACCUUCACAGCUGGAGUUUAUCAGGUGGCCAUGGGUUUCUUUCAAGUGGGCUUUGUCUCAGUGUACCUCUCCGAUUCAUUGCUCAGCGGAUUUGUCACGGGUGCCUCCUUUACCAUCCUGACAUCACAAGCUAAGUAUCUCCUGGGUCUAGACAUUCCACGGAGCAGUGGCGUCGGCUCCCUUGUAACCACGUGGAUAAACAUCUUCAGAAACAUACACAAGACUAACAUCUGUGAUGUCAUCACCAGCUUCUUGUGUUUUCUUGUUCUUAUCCCAACUAAAGAGCUUAAUGAACAUUUUAAAUCCAGACUCAAGGCUCCAAUUCCAGUUGAAUUAGUUGUGGUUGUGGCAGCUACUCUAGCAUCUCACUUAGGGAAGCUGAAAGAAACGUAUGGCUCAAGCGUUGCUGGGCACAUCCCAACUGGCUUUUUGCCACCCAGCCCUCCAGACUGGAACCUGAUUCCCAACGUGGCUUUGGAUGCUAUCCCCAUAGCUGUCAUUGGCUUUGCCAUCACUGUCUCCCUCUCAGAGAUGUUUGCCAAGAAGCAUGGUUACACCGUGAAGGCCAACCAGGAAAUGUAUGCCAUUGGCUUCUGCAACAUCAUUCCCUCUUUCUUCCAUUGUUUCACAACAAGUGCAGCUCUUGCCAAGACUCUUAUUAAAGAGUCAACAGGCUGUAGAACACAGGUUUCUGGCAUCGUGACUAGUUUGUUAAUCCUAAUAGUUCUCCUUGUGAUUGCACCGUUGUUUUAUUCCCUUCAGAAGUGUGUCCUUGCUGUCAUAACCAUUGUAAACCUCAGAGGCGCCCUGCGAAAGUUCAGGGACCUGCCAAAAAUGUGGCAUUUGAGCAGGGUGGACACAGUGAUCUGGCUAGUUACUAUGGCAUCCUCAGCACUCAUCAGUACUGAGAUUGGUCUUUUGGUUGGUGUUUGCUUCUCUAUGCUCUGUGUCAUUUUUCGAACUCAGAAACCAGAGGCACCACUGCUUGGCUGGGUGGCAGAGUCUGAGACGUAUGAGUCCCUGUCUGCUUACAAGAACUUAGAAACUAAGCCAGGAGUUGUGGUGUUGCGUUUUGAAGCACCCCUCUACUACAUCAACAAAGAGUGCUUCAAAUCCGCACUGUACAAGCAAACUGGAGUCAACCCAGCCCUGGUGAAGGCAGCAAAGAAAAAGGCAGCAAAAAGAAUGCUUAGAGAGAAGGAAGCGGGUUCUGGUGGCAACCAGACCAGCAUUUCCAUGGAGCUUGUGUCUGAACCGUUGGGGUUUCACACGAUAGUGAUUGACUGUUGUGCAGUACAGUUUCUGGACACAGCAGGAAUACGCACGCUCAAAGAGGUCUGCAAGGACUACAAUGAGAUAGAUGUCCAGGUGCUACUGGCGCAGUGCAAUCCUUCGGUGAGGAGUUCUCUAAUGCGAGGAGAAUUCUUCAAAGAGGGAGAGGACCACCUUCUCUUCCACAGUGUGCAUCAGGCCGUGGACUUUGCACUGGGUGCACAGGAGCACAGCAGGAUCUGUGCUGCUAAGAACUAGCUGUGGGAAGGGAACAAGUUGGAACAAAGCCUGGAAAAAAAUGAGCAUUGUUUCACGUAUGGUACUGAGUGAAGGCAACUCGUAACUUUUUCAUGAUCUGUAUACAAACCUAAGAGUUUUGUAUGGAUAUUCAUCUCAUUUCUCUUCUGUCAUCAACUUUCAGUUUCUUGGUUCCCCUCUAAGUUUUGAUCAUCACCAUGGGGGUCUUUCUGGAUGGGACAAGCUUUAGAAGUGCUCCAGGCAUCCCAUCUAGCUGAAUGCUACAAGGCGAGUCAUUUCUUGUCCCUCAUUGUGGUAUUGCUUUUUCAUAUCAUCACAGCCUUAUAUUUUAAAGGAAUGACUGACAGGUACUGUUUGCUCUGCUUUUUAUCAUGUUGUGAUUGGUUGGUAAUGUUGGGACAGAUAGAUAAGGAAAAUCUAGACAUGCAAGAAAAGAGUCUUAAUGCAUAGCUUAAAACUUACGUGUCACCUCUGGACGAUGCUUUGUCAUUGUGUUGUGACAGCCAAAUGCAGCCAGAUCAAUGGGGGCAUGGUUAUCUAAUUUCUACGCAGUCCUUUACAUGCCAGGAAAGAUUGCUCUUUAGCUUGACUCUCUUUGGAUAAUCUCUCUGGAAGUAUUUUUAUUUGGACGUGAUUGUUUAGAAGCCUGAUUCAUACUUAUGGUCAAUUGCUUGUUUUCUAAUAUUUAGGAGCGCUUUAGAAUUGUGAACAUUAGAUAUGGAAGAUCUCUAAUUCAUGGGCUGCAACACAACACAAGCCAGUUUUACUUGCCAAACAGACAGAACCACAGACACCAGAAUGAAAAGGGCCUAACAGAUUACCCAGCAUCUGGCCAGAUCUGCCUGUGCCACGCAGACUUUGUGAAUACAGAUGUUAUUGACCGUAAACCCUUUACAUAUGCUCUGUCAUGGGCCUUUUGUAAUGGUGAUGUUGUCCAAGAAGUGAAGUAAUCAGAAAAAGAGCCAGAAAGAAUUCUACUGAAAACUGUUCACCACAUUAGUGUAAAUAAAACUUUGUACUUUGCUUUUAAGUUAUGCAGAACAGUGAAGAGUGCCCAUUGUUCAUGCUGAAAUACAAGCACUGAGUAGGAAGACAUUCUCUGUUCUUACAGCAAUAGAAUACAAUUAUGAAAGCAUAGUUGAAAGAUUAACUUUUUUUUACUGACUGCCACCUGUGCAUAGCAUACAGUACCUGCUUGGAAGAUGUUUGUGCCCAGGGGAGUUUGUAGCCUGAACUGCAGUUUCUUGACAGCUUUUAAAAGGGAAAAGGUGUUAUAUAUGACAAUAAGCUCAUCCUUAAUCAUUCAAAAAUAAUGAGUCUGGAAUCAGAAAAGUAAGAAAAUGCAAUGUAAAUCAUGAAACAUUUUCUAAGUAGAAAUAUAUUUUCCGUUCAGGAUUAUUUUAUUUUUCUGAGCAACUAGGAACUCUUCCCUUAUUUCAGUGAAAGCAGCAAUGUCACACAGUACCUCAGUCUAGGAGCUGGGACCUCAAGAGGAUGAAUGGAUAGCAGGAAGUUAAGUCCCAGGACCUGGCAACAUUUAUAUAUUAGGUGAAAUUAAUACAUAUUUUAGGACAUGAUAGGAGUGUGUAAAAUAUUUAGGGCGUGGGCAGGGUGGACACUAGCAUAUACGGAAAAGGAUCACGUAACUGAGGUCCUUGAAUUAGGUGUUGUAGAAUUGGACUUACUAAGGCAGCAGCAAGUCUUCAAGUAUCAGAGAUUCUGAAGCUUCUGCAGUGUUCAAAAAACAUAAAUAUUUUUCUUUCGUAGCCCUAAGGCAUGUUUAUACAAGGAGAUGAAUCCCAAAUAGCUACUCCUGAUUUUUUUUUCCUUUUCUGCAUAAACUUUUAUUCUGUGCUAAGAAUCCCUUAUGCGCUUUGGGUAAUUACAGUGACCAAGUUUUAUUAUCAGAGUGGGGGCCAGUGUCAGGAGGGAGCAGCUGUACCCUCGGCAGCUCCAGCAGCCGGGUUCCUGCUUCAGGACGGCUUUUAACUCUAAACAAAAUCACGCAUGCCAUUUUUAAACACUGAUUUUCACUAUUAUUUUUCAAGAGAGCAGAGCACUGGGGCAGCGCCCUCUCCUCAAAGUCCAGAUGAAAAAUUAAAACACAGCAAAUGAAUACCUACCCCCAGCUAUUCAUUUUCACCCUGUUGCCCCUCAGGCAUGGGCAGCUGAGAGGGAACGAGCUGCUCUGAUCAUCCUGGAGACUUCCUCCUAGGCAGGGAUGGAAGUGAAGUAGAAGGUGCUGUGGGUGAGUCUUUCCUGUCUACGCUCAUGACUUCUACCCUUUCCAUGCUGCCCAGGAGAAGAUUUUUUGAUUUGUGACAAUGCGCAGUGAUAACAGAAGAAGAAAAUAAAAAGUAUUUAUUAAACGCCUUUUUUUUUUUUUUUCAAAAUUCUUUUCCACUUGUGCCGAGAAGGGAGGAAUAACGGUAUCACUUCCAAGGAGCAGUACGACAGCCAUCAAGGAUGCAUAUUUGUGGCACCUGGGUGUUUGUUUGCAUUAAAGCACAAUAAAACAGCCAUAAAUUGAUUUUCAAAGAAUUAAUUUAGAUUACAGCUAAAAGACUGAAGUGAUUUAUGUUUAGCUAGAGCACACCGUGCUUGGCCGCAGUGCUGUUUGUGCAGCCACAAUUGGCAGUGUAGCCUCCAAAUUCAAUUUCAAGCAAAAAAAAAUAAAAUGUAUUAAAAUGCUGAAGCAUCCAGCCAACAAAAAGAAAACAACUCCUGAUGUUCUUGUUUAAGAUAAUAUCUAGAGGCUGCAGUUUAUCCUCUGUAUAAAUGCAUACAGCCCUGGUUGGAAGGGAACACAAAUAAAUGCCAGUUGGCAGAGGGUUAGUAUAACAGAGUCCUUUGGCAUUAAUUAACUGAAGGUUAGAGCUUGUCAUGGCUGGGAUUUCUUAAAACAGUGGGUUUUCAGCCAUUUUCUUUUUAGAGCAGUGAUUUUUUUAUUUUUUUUUAUUUUUUUUUUACACGGAGAUACAAGGGUAAGCAAAUUCAAGCCCACUAGAGCAAGAAGCAUGCCUUGCUUCAGUAUGUUUGUGGAUCCUGUAGAAACAAUCCAACUUCAUGGCUAGGCAUCAAGGACCGCUGAGUGAAAACUGUUGCCCUAAAAAAUUUGUUUUAUAAAGGCAUUUCAGACACAUCUCUCUCUAUAUACACACAUAAAUGUAUAUAUAUAUAUAUACAUACAUAAAUGUACACACACCUUUUUGAGCUUUAUGUCUCCAGUUGUGCUUUUGCAAAGUGGCUGUUUCUGUCCUGGAAGGGGCUCUCCAGCCUUCUACUGACUUAAACAGUGGAACACACAUACAGGAUUUUAGAAGGAGAAAUUGUUAUACCCACUGCCAUCUAGGGCUUCUCUUAUCCCAGCCUUACAGCCUUAUUUGUCAUCUUCAAGAAGAAGGAAUCCUAGAAUAAUUGCUUUUGAGCUGCUCAGAAUAGUGACAUUUGUUGCACAGGCCUUCAGAGCCCCAGACCAGCCUGGAAGGGUGCAGAAAUCAGUUGGUCUCCUGUAAGGCAGUUCCCAAAUAUCUUAAUCCAGCAAUUAUUUGUCUAAAUGAGGAAUUAAGAGAUCAUUAGCACAUUCAUUAAUGGUAACAACGUGACAUUGUUGUUGAAAUUAACACUCUCAGCUAUACUGAAGGCUCCUGGAAGUGUCUUUAGUAGUCUCCUACUAAAUGACAGACAGUUUCUACAUUUCUUGCUGCUAUAGGGAGUAGUUUUAGGUCCUGAUGUGCCGAUUGCACUAAUAAAUGUUUCACUUGUGUAAAUGUUUUGACACAGAACCAAUUCUUAACCCAUUUCAAAAAAUGGGGCGUUGUUGCAGUGAUGCACAUGGUACUUAUUUUUGGAUUUGUGAUGACGUGGUGGAAAUGCUAAGUCACUACUUGAACCAGGGAUUGAGCACCUGGUGGGAAGGCAGGGCCAAGCCAGGGGAGCUCAGGUGCAUGCAAUGCACCUGAGUGACAGUAAAGGGUGGAGCCAGGAUUUGCCCCUUCCCAGACCUCAUUUAAGGGUUGGCAGUGGGGGAGGGUGUUUCUUACUGGAGAGCCCUACCUGCCUGAGGCUUUCCAAAGGUAAGUGAAUUUUCUUCCUCUGUUUCUGUGUUCCUGGCUGCUGCAUUGAGGCUUCUUCUCAUUUGCUACAGGCUAGGAUUGUGUUACCCUGCUAUUAUUGCUUUCCGUUGCAUUACAGCUUUACAGUUGUUGACCUUAGUCCCGUGUGAUUUAGUGAUCCUGAUUUCCUAGCAGGUUGUUGUACCUCCAGCCAUGGCUCUUCAAUUUACCAUGUGAUCCACCUCAGUGCCCUCUUUCACACUUCUGUGUUUUGCUGUAAGGCACUGCAUGUAAUUGACUGUAAGAUGAAGAAUCUUCGCUUAUUUUGCUGUUACCUAUGAGUUGCUAUUCAGUGUUCAUGCUAAAUCCUUUGGUGAGACCAAGGCUCCUGAGCAGUGACUGCAAAGUAUCCUCCAAAUCUUGUAGUGCUUGGAGCUGUGGGGUUGGGAGGGAGUAGCCCCGCUGCCCAGCUGGGAGAGCCACAAACCAGCCUGGGGCUGUAUGAGGGCUCAUGUGUAAAUGGCAGUGCCUCCCAGGACAGACAGUCCUGGUUGGAGGCCUGUGACGACACUGUGCAGAGCCAUGUGCCCUUUUCCAUGAGUGUAAUACUAACACAGGGACCUAGUUCCUGUCCAGUGCUGCUGUGUGAGUCAGUGUCCCAUCUCAGCAUUAAAAGGGAUUUCUGGCUUUGUGCUUAUUUAUUUUUGUUUACUUUUAAUCUAAUUCUGCACUUGUCUCCCCUAGAAAAGACCACAAAGCUGCCAUGAUGUCUGUACUCCUUCCUGUCAGGCUGCGGUGAUGCACAGAGAGAUCUCUCUCUUGAGAGAAAAAAAACAGUGUUUCCUUCAGCUCUACUUACUUUGCUGGCUUGUGCUGAGAGACAUUGAAAUCCAUUGCUGAUGGGGCUGAAAUGUAGACAGGAGGUACUACAGGCAGAAAGCAUCCUGGGGCUGUGAGUCAGUUGGUCCCAGCUGCAGCCCACAGCCUUAUGCCUGUGUGUGAACUCUGUGCCACAUCCUACAUCUGCAUCUUGCCAUGCAAGCCUGCCUGGUGGGGUCUGCAUUUCCUGUGCCCAGAUCUUGUUGGGGCAAUACUGCAAGUCUCCCCACGUCCCAUUCUUUGAAUCUUUCACCCAAAGGCUGCGCUUACUCCCUGCUCCCACCAUGCUUAAAUACCUGCUAGCAGGUGUUGCUGCUAAGAGUUUUUAAUGAGGCUGAAGUCAUCACCCACAGGAUCUAGAUUGCUGGUCUAGAUCCCAGAAAAUGGAAGAAGAGGAAGUGUUGUUAGUUGGGUGUGAAACACUUUGGGCAAAUAGGUUUUUUUUUUCAGGGUGUUAUCUUCUAGUUUUCUUUUCAUACGCUUCAGAGAGAUGAUUAAAUUACUGAAGUGAUUAAAGUUUAUUUUAAGAGCAUUAGCUAAGCUAAUGAAGCUGUGAUGCAGAUAGGAGUCAUUUGCUAAUGCAAUCCAGGGUGCUUUGUGUCUGUGUAGCUUACUGUGCUCUGCUGAGUCUCAGGCUAGGAUACUGUUGUGAGUCUUCAAUAUUGAUACAGCUGUCCUCACUGGAAGGGAUUUGCUCUUCUUCUAUGCUGGCAUAGCUGAAAGGGACAAUAUCUUUAGUGCAGACGAGGCUCUGUGACUUUGCACUUUAAAUAGCUUUAAGUCCCAAGAAUUACUUGUACUUGGUUGUUGUGUUUGUGAGCCUUUGUUGGAGUAGCUGCUCAUGUGGAAAAACUACCUGAUCUUUGAUUCAAUCAAAUUCCUCCUGAAGGAGAAAUCAUUUUGACUCUUGCAUUUUCUUUUGGGAUGAUUACAGUGCUGAAAGUGAUGCCUCUGGUUAGGUAAAAUGACUCAUAUUAUACUAUGAACUAAAUAUAUAUUUUAAAUUAGUACCUUUCUGUAGUAUUUCACAGAGAAAAUAAGGCACAGUGCUAUUUCUCUAAUGUGCAAAUAUACAGAAUACUACAACACUUGAUGGAGAAUCAAAUCUCUAUUGAGUAACUGUACUGCCCAAAAUACUGGAAUUCCAAGACUGAAAGCACUCGUUUCUUAGUCCAGCUCCCAAAUUAUCUCAGGACUCCCCAGGACGAUGGGAAACCAAACAUUCCGCUGGACUUGGGUCCAAAUUUUAGUGUCUAAUCUUUGACUUCAGGAAUGAAAUUUUGUUAUUUAAAUGCAACUGAAACAUGCUUAAGGAGAGGUAAAGCUUCACUUUCUGGUAAGCACAUGAUAUUUCAUUUCAUCAGCCUCUGGUUACUGAUGAUCAUCUCGGGGACUAUGGUAUAUUCUGGGAUAUGAUUUCUGAAUUAUUCUAAAUUCAGAGUGAUUUUUAGAUACUAUUUGUGACAUAAUGUUUUGCACAAUAAAUACGAAGGCAAAGUUUGCCUGGAAUAGUUGGGUUGGAAAGUUGCAUAGCAUGUAUAAAGGAUUUACUUUUUAUUCCAAUCUAUAAAUGCAGUAUAAAUGAGGUACAACGCUUCCCCCAGUUUGGUGCUGGGGAAGCUGUCUGCCAUGUGACUUUGUCUGUGCUGUAUGUGUGUUGCUAGUGCAGAUGUGGCCUUGUGCACAGCCUGAGAAGAGAUGAGUUGCCCUCAGCUCCUUGUGAGAGCUGUGCUCACUGACCAAAGCUUGUGAUGGGAGUUGCAUUUUGUCAGUCGUCUUGUAAUGUUCUGCCAGCAAAACAUACUUAUGGGUUAUAUCGUCUGCAUAUUGCUGAUGUUACAUUUUCUCUCUCUGCUUGUUCUGUAUCAAUUGUCAUUUAAAAAUGCUGAUGUGCCUUAUUGUCAUUGCAGAAGACUGCUAAAAGAUUUUUCUAUGAUAUUGUAAAAUCUUUGAGAUUUCUUUACCAUCAUUAAAAAGAUAUUUAUGUUA